AUGGCUGUCCGUGCCCUCACGAGUCCUGGCCGUGGUGCGGUUGCGCUCGCUUGGGGCUCGGUCGCCGCAAACGAGAAUGAGGCUCUGAGAUGGGGCCUGAUUUUGGAUCGUGUUACAACGGCUGGCGUCGAAAUUCCCACAAGCUCAUUUGAUGGGCAUUGGACUGUCACAAAAGCCUCCACCCAUCUGUGCCAGCCGACUGAUCUGUGUUGCGUCUAUAACGGGAUUAGCGUGGUGCUGGAGAGCCAAUGA